AUGGUCAAGGUCGAGAUCGUAGAAGAAAAAGACCCACAGUCUUCAGGCAACUCUCCUUAUGCUUCAACCUCAUCGUCCCGUCAUUCUUCUCAAGAAUCAAUCUCUUCAGUUUCUUCAGAACUUUCUGCAGAAGAAAACUUGUAUGACCGCAUAAGCGCACUGGUAGACAUAGUGCCUCCAACUACCAGACACAAUAUCUCUACCAAGGUUUCAAAAGCUGUGUCGUUCGUCAAGACCAGCGGAAAAGUCAUUGGUAACAUCGUUUGGAUAGUCACCACUUCCGCCCUCCUCGUAGGGCUCCCCCUUGCGCUGAGUUUGGAAGAUGAGGCAAAGAUCGUAGCGCAAGAACGCGAAAUGAUGGCGCAGCAACAGGGUGCUCAGCAGGUAAGAUCAGCUUAUCCACCACAACCCGGCUCAAAUCAGGCACCUCAAAAGGGUAUCGUUCCGCCCGGCUUCUGA